GAAAACACAGUAUUCGUGAAACUUUUACCAGUUUAUCAGCUAUGAUAGUUUUUUUUUCAUACCGUAAUGAAGAGAAUUGGCUACACAAAGUUAGUAUUUGUCCUAAUAGGAUAUGCGUUAUUAAAUCUUAUAAGUGUAACGACUUCUUUGGAAAAGUUGAAGAAUGAUUGUAUCUUCGGUGUUACAUCCGUAGGGAUGGUUUUAUACAACAGCAAAUGCCCUUAUGGUAAGCAUAUCGAAAUAGAAGAUGUUUGCAAUAUUGACACUUCAAAUCCGGUGUUCUUUGUUGUUCAUGGUUUUACCAGUUCUCCAAAUAACACCAAUAAUUAUAACUUGAUUCAGCAGUUUUUAAAGAGAAAUUUUACGGUAUUUGCACUAGACUGGUCAGAUGCAGCAUGUACGCAUGGGAUUCCUAUUUUGAAAUUUGCAGAAUAUCCCAGCGCAGUGAAGAACACCCGUGAAGUAGGCGAAUUAAUGGCACGUUACGUUAUAAAGCUAGUCAAAAAGUGUAAGAUGCCAGUAAAGNAUAUUACGUUUUUCGGUCAUAGUCUCGGGGCACACGUAAGCGGUUUUGCUGCAAAAAAUAUAACUGCAACACUUGACAUAAAAGUUUCGCACAUUUUCGGUGCUGAUCCCGCAGCUCCAGGGUUCUCCACAAACUCAUGCAAGCAGAGACUUUGCAAAUCAGACGCCGAACAAUUAACUGUUUUGCACACAUCACCCCUUGGAAUACAAUACUCCAUAGGCCAUGACGAUUUGUAUUUCAAUAACGUAAUUAGCCAACCAGGAUGCGGUUUAGACAUCUCUUGCUCACAUACCAGGUCCAUUGACUAUAUGACUUAUAUGUUACAGUAUAAUUGUGGAUACGUUGCUGUUCCUAAACAGCAUUCUGCACUUUCUCUACUUACAAAAUGCCCUCAUUCUGAGACAACCAACUGCAUUUUUGUCAAUAGCACAAUAUUGGAAAAAGACGAUGUUAAGAAUGGAGAAUAUUCUAUCNGUACUGAUAAACAAUUUCCUUACUGUGUAAAACACGGUUGUAACCAAUAAAUAAGAAUAUUUUAAGUUUUNUUUGAUAUUAAAAAUAAUCGUUGUCAUCAUAUAUGACAGUUUUGAUCAUGUUACUGUUAUAAUAAAAAUUAAAUCUUAUAAUGAACAAUAAGUAAAUUUAU